AUGGCUACCCCUAGUGUCCUCGCUUUUGACGCUGAGGGUCGAGCCAUUGACUUUGACGUCUGGAUAGAUGACCUGCAGCUUUUCUUACAGUGCUAUAGGGCAGACGGUCUCUCUCUCUUUGACCUCACCUCAGGUGCCUCUCUUGCCCCUGCUGCUGAUGCUAACGCCACUGUUCGCUCACAGUGGGCCACACGCGAUGCUGCUGCACGUCUUGCUGUGCGUCGCCACCUGCCUACCACUGAGUGUGCGCACUUUAGCCAGUACAAGAGUGCUCAGACCUUGUACGCCGCUGUAGUUGCACCCUACUCCUCCCCUGCCACUGCUGCACUGGGCCACCUCAUGCUACCGUACCUCUUUCCUGACCUUGCUGCCUUUCCCACAGUCGCUGACCUCAUUACGCACCUCCGCACUAGUGACACUCGCUACCGCGCUGCGCUUCCUGCUGAGUUCUGCGCCAAGAACCCCCCCCCAUUUUGCCCCACCACUCUCACCGUUGACCUCCUCGAGAAGGCCCUCCUAGCAGCAGAGAAGAGCAUAGUCGCUGUAGGAGCCUCUCGUGGUGACCCUCGCACCCCCAUCUUUGAGGGGUGUUCCCCCUCCCCCCUUUUGCCCUCUGUUGCCUCUGCUGCUGCGGCCGACCUCGUUGGUCUUGAGUCGGUCGGUGCGGCGUCUACCCCUAGCGGGAGACGCCGCCCUGGCAAGGGCAAGGGGGGCAGGGGCGCUGGAGGAGCUAGCGGGGGCGGUGGAGGCGGCGGUGGAGGCGGCGGAGGGAGUGGGGGUGGCGGUGGGGGUGGUGGUGGGAGUGGAGGUGUCGGUGGCGGGAGUGGAGGCGGAGGAGGCGGCGGCGGUGGUGGUGGGAGCAGAGGUGGCGGAGGUGGCGGCGGCGGAGGAGGUGGAGCUGGUCGGGGUGGCGCUACGCAGAGGGUCGGCUCCGGUGGUGGUCAGCGCCAGCAACAGCAGCAGCAACAGCGCACUCGUGACAUCCCCCCCCCUCAGCAGCUCCGUGAGUGGUACGCUGCACGCCAGCGGGGUGGGGGUACUGGUCCGUGCACCUACGUCCUCCGCACCGGCGACCGCACGGGUGAGCAGUGUGGGGGUGCGCACCCCACCCAGCGCUGCUUUGGCCGCCUGUCGGACGCUUGGCGUCACCAGUUUCCGGAGGCCACGGAGAUCCCCCGCUGGGGUGAGCUGUCUAGGGCGGGCGUAGCUAUCUUUGAUCUUGACUUUGAUGCUGUUCUUGUUGCCAUGUAUGCUGUGACUAUUAGUGAUGAGGGUGACUGUUACCGGUGUUUCCCGCCCGGCCCGGGCAUUGGGACUGCUGCUCUAGGUACUGGUGAGGCUGCUGCUCUAGGUGCUAGCGAGGCUGCUGCUCUAGGUGCUAGUGCGUCUGCUUCCUCAGGUACUGGUGAGUCCGCGCUCUCAGGUACCGAGUCCGCUUUGGCCUCCCUCACCUUCACCCUUGACUCGGGGGCGUCUCGCUCCUUCUUUCGAGACCGCACCACACUCAUGCCGCUUGGUCGGCCAGUUGCGGUCUCUCUAGCGGACCCCUCUGGGGGUCCUGUCCUUGCUCACUUCUCCACUGUCCUCCCGUGUCCGGCGGCUCCCUCUGGCACCCUGUCUGGUCUUUACCUUCCCUCGUUCUCUACGAACUUGGUGAGUGGCGCUGACCUUCAGGAUGGGGGAGUUCACGAGUUCACUCCUGCGAGCCAGCGAGUGACCCACUGCACGGACGCUCGGACGGGCCGACACUUGGCCACGUUUACUCGUCGGCCGGGGUCGAACCUGUACACACUGUCUACUACGUCUCCAUCUGUCCCUGCGUCCGGUCAGGUAGCUACGUCGGGUCAGGUGUUUGCUGCAGCGUCCGGGUCUCGUCCUGAGUCUGCCGCCUGCUCGUGUCGCCUCCUGUCUCACGAGACUCUCCUUUGGCACCACCGCCUUGGUCACCCCUCCCUGCUUCGUCUCCGAGGCAUGGCCUCCCGUGUCAUUGUCUCUGGUCUUCCCCGGUCCCUCCCUCCCCUUCCUCUGGGGCCUGGCCCUACCUGCGUCCCCUGUGUCGAGGGGCGGCAGCGGGCUGCCCCUCACACCUCCCAGUUUCCUCCGACGGAGGCCCCGCUGCAGACGCUUCACAUGGACGUGUGGGGCCCGGCCCGCGUUCCUGGGCAGGGUCACGAGCGCUACUUCCUGUUGGUGGUUGAAGACUACUCGCGUUACACCACAGUCUUCCCCUUGCGCAGCAAGGGUGAUGUCACUGAGGUGUUGAUCGACUGGAUCCGCGCAGCUCGUCUCCAGCUCAGGCAGAGCUUCGGCUCGGACUUUCCUGUUCUGCGUCUGCACUCUGACAGAGGCGGAGAGUUCUCAUCUGGCCUUCUGCGAGCCUACUGUCGUGCGCGAGGCAUCCGCCAGACCUUUACGCUUCCGGAAUCUCCACAGCAAAAUGGGAUUGCUGAGCGCCGCAUUGGCAUAGUCAUGGACGCCGCUCGUACGUCCAUGAUGCAUGCGGCUGCCCCCCAUUUUCUGUGGCCGUUUGCGGUUCGGUACGCGGCGCAUUAG